GACCAUGUGCCACCGCACUUAGCUGCACUAUUUUGUUUGUCUUCCCUCCCUCAUAAAACGAGGGAAGUGGGUUUUCAGACCAUAGAACGAGAAGAGGAUUCAUCAAAAUCUGAGAUUUGACCUCAAGGAAGACGAUUGGUAGAUGAAGUAUGGUGGAUGGUCUCUACGUGUUGGAGAAUAAAGCCGGUCUUGUGGCUACAGAUUCCUUAAGUUCAUCUACAGUCAUGAAGGUAAGGGCAUCUGUGAAGAAGCUGUGUGAGUUCUGUCGGACUGUUAAACGUCGUGGAAGAGUGUACGUGUUAUGCACAGCCAAUCCCAAGCAUAAGCAACGGCAGGGAAUAUCAACAUUUGCAUACGAAGGCUCAGUACCAUCUCUGUCCUCUGAGAUGAGUACCAAGCAAGAGAUUUGUCGGAGUAACAGCUCAUCAGUAGGUUUGGCAGCUCUGCUUCACAAAAAGCAAUUCCCAUCGCUAAUUUUUGGCUGGAGGGCUAGUCUGGCUUCUCUUCUGCCAAAACAGGAAAACUAAUCAAUAACCAAUUCAGGUCAUGCUGGAAUCUUGUCUAUUGUAAUAUGAUCCGGUUCCUUGGAUAUAGUCACCCUUUGGGUGAGCCAACAUGUUUCUUUAUUGACUUUGUUCCACAGUUAUUUCUUUUGUUCAAGGUACAAUGAUGCUAUUAAAUUAUUGGUAGGAUGCAAUUAUUUCCCAGGAGGAUCAAUGUGGAAUUUGUGCCAUUUUUGCUGAUAUGUUGUUGAAACCAUUGCCCAAGUUCCCAUUUUAA